AUCAACAAGUGCAAGCAAAAGGAGAAGAAAUGGUGAAAGCAGUAGUGGGAGAAGAAAUACAGCUCAAAUUAGCUGAAAAUCGGCUCGGCAAAUCUGGACUUCCUUCUCAGGUAGGGCUUGUAAUUGGGAAUUUGAGUUCGAAAUUAGAUCGAGGAUUCCUAUUUGAUUUAAUCCCAACGCCGCCAAACGACGGCGGUAAACCGGCCUGUUCCAUAAUCGGCGGCAGCAUAAAAGAUGAUCGGAAAAGGCAUUGAAAGGGAAGUUGCAGCCUGAUUCUUCGGCAUUGUUCAUUGACCAAGAUUGGGUUGCUAAACACGCUCGUCAGGUUUGGUCUUGAAUUAAGAGAAUCCCAAGUAAGAAAAUUAUUUAAUUACCUCAAAAACAGUAACAGAAAUCGAAGAGUGCAUGCAAGCAAAAGGAGAAGUAAUGGUGAAAGCAGUGGUGGGAGAAGAAAUACAGCUCAAAUUAGCUGAAAAUCGGCUCGGCAAAUCUGGACUUCCUUCUCAGGUAGGGCUUGUAAUUGGGAAUUUGAGUUCGAAAUUAGAUCGAGGAUUACUAUUUGAUUUAAUCCCAACGCCGCCAAACGACGACGCUAAACCGGCCUGUUCCAUAAUCGGCGGCAGCGUAAAAGAUGAUCGGAAAAAGGCAUUGAAAGGGAAGUCGCAGGCUGAUUCUUCGGCAUUGUUCAUUGACCAAGAUUGGGUUGCUGAACACGCUCGUCAGGUAGGGAGAAUGCUAUUGGGUGGCAUGAAGGUGGUUGGCAUCUAUGUCUGGACCAAUGAGAGCUCAUUCAAAAAUUCAACCAUCACACUUUGUCAGACUGCAAAAGCAGUUUCUGAAGCGGCCCCUCUGUCGGAAGUGGAUUGGGACGAGAGAUUGCUUGUUCACAUUGGUUACAGUCCCUUGAGGUGGACUUGUCGAAAUUGCUCGCUGGCUUCAAAUAUUACGUCGAGCAGUCUACGACCUUGUGACUUUAAAAUGGGAAAAGUUCUUAGUACCCUUCAGGCAUUCAGAUGCACAUUUAACUUUGAUUUAAGGUUGCCCAUUUCCGAGGAUUUAGUGAGCAAAAGAUUGGCUGACAUUCUUCGUCAUGGAAUUUCAAUUCAUGCCAAAGAGCUUAAAAGUGCCAAGGCGUUGAUUGAUGGGAAAUUGGCAAUUGAAGACGAGCAAUUUGAUUCAGGCAGCUUACAUGAUGUUGAAUUCCUCCUACCUUUCACGGAAGAUAGGUAUUUGGAAGCAUGCAGCCAAAAGGAGGUAAUAGGUCUUCUAGUCUUCAGUGGCUCUAUCUGCUCCUAUGCUUACUCAAAUUCGAAGGAACCGGUUUCUCAAGCUUUGACUGACAUAAAGGAAGACAUAAUUAAGAGUCUAAGAAGCAGAUUAGAUAUCAUGUGUGAUGAGGCAGACAGAGAAUCAGAUUCUAAAGAUGACAAAGCUGAAGAGAGCAGCAACCGGAUAUUGAAUGGGAGUGCAGUUCUGCAACUUGAUUUACAGUUACUGAGAAAAGAGUGCAGCCUGUCAUUUCCUCGAAGAGUGUUUCUACCCUGGCUGGCUGAUACAUUCCUUUGUGACUAUAUACAACCGUCUGAAUCAGUUGAGGUUCUCAAGGAUCAUUUUGCCGAGCUCAUGUCUAUAGAGUUCCCGAACGAUUCUGCCAAGAUCUUGGAGCCUGAAACUGAAGCUCCUGCAUUGGUAUCUACCACAAUAAAAUCGUUUAGGGAGGUGUCAACUCCAUCUUCCUUGCUACUACCAAAGCCAGACAAUUCUCUCUCAAGGCAGAAUAGAGCUGGUACGAGUUUGGGAAGUGACCAGAAAUCUACGAAACUAUCUAGUUUUAGCUUCAUUAUUGCUGUUUUGGUUCUUGUUAUAUCAAUUGUUCUAGGAGUUGUGCUAUUUGUUGCCAGGUCGUCCUAGCUAAUACUGUGGCUUACAAAAAAUUGUGUUGAGAACAAAUAUCAUUUACUGUCUCUUCUAUAGUUCUAUGUACUCUUGCCAUGAAUUAAAA